AUGGCUCACCUGGUGCGCGCGAACACGCUACGCACGACGAGACUCUCCUCGCGCCAUUUAUCAACUUGGUCGCUUAGCGCCCAGCCACAUCUCUCGCCCCUAGCUGUGAACCGUGCCACGCCUCUGACGUACAGAUUCAAGACGCGAGCUUCCUGUCCUUCUCGACUACCGACUCGCUUCUUCCAUUCGGCACGGUUUGCCAUGAUGAGCAAUGUUUCAGAGUUGAAGGAGACCUUGACUCCUGAUCUUCUGGAAGAAAUUCGCGAAUUUUGGUUCGAGCACAUGGAAGAUGAGGACGCUUUGAUCCUCCCUGGCCAGAGUGAUAUGCAGCGUUGGUUUACUCGCGAUGAGACUUUCGACAAGAUCUGCGUUGCACAAUUCCAACCUGCCCUAGACACCAUUAUUGAAUCCAGUGCAUCCGCAGCAGAUAUCCUGGAUGCAAUCGAUAUCUCAUCCCCCCUGGACUGGCUGAGUAUCAUCCUCCUUUUGGACCAAGUACCUCGGAACUGCCAUCGUGGAGACGAGUCAAAGCUUGUAUUCGGCCGCUUUGACCCACUUGCGGAAGAGAUUGCUGUUCGUGCAAUCGAUGCCGGUAUUCCGACCAAAUAUUCAGAAGUGCGAUACCGCCUCGCACGUCGCUUCUGGUUUCACAUGCCACUGAUGCACUCUGAAAAUCUUGCCGUACAUGAGCAAGCCGUCAAGCAGCAUGAGGAGACGGCGAAAGAUAUGGGUCGUUUUCUCCUAAGGGAUGUAUCUACCUUGAGUGAGGAUGAGAAGAAGUGUUAUGGGAUUCUGUCGAAUAAACAGGAUGCUCUCAGCGCGUUAUUGACCAAUUUACUCGAUUUUGAGAAGAGGCAUAAGGUUAUUAUCGAGCGGUUUGGGCGGUAUCCGCACCGGAAUCAAGCACUGGGUAGGGUGCCGACCGCGGAGGAGACCGAAUAUUUGAAGAAUGGUGGGGAGACCUUUGGUUGA